AUGUUUAGGCUUGGCCACUGCUGACUCAAUAAGAAAACCCGGCUUGGACGGGGUACGGGGGAAUAUCCCCCAAGUCGUGUAAAUCCCAGAAUGAGGAAGAACUAUCGCCGAUCUCGCUGAACUAUAAAAACGUGCAAAAUCGAAUUGAAAAGUGCAGUUACCCCUCGAUGAGUGAACAGUAUGGAGAGCUACUUUGUUGUAUUCUUGCUCUGUGGAUUAAUGUGUGCCGUGAUGGCGGCGCCCCAUCCCCCAGCGGUGCUUGAUCCCGUUAGCCAGGAGCUGGAGGAGGCCGCCGGGAGUGGCGACAACAGUGCCGAGCAGUACAUGAAUGCCAUGGAGGAACGUGCCAAACUCUGGUGGCAGUCCAUUACAGGAGCUACAAAUGGCAGUGAUUAUUCUCUAGAUGAUUAUUUGUGGGAUGACGAUGGGGAUGUAAAUCAAUUCCUGAAAAUAAGAUAAUUAAAGGAAAGUUUAAGGAUUUGUAUUUGAAAUUUAAUUGGAACAAAAUGUGAAAUAUUGUAAGAAUGUUCCCUUUGGGAGACUCUGCAAACUAUUCCAGGUAAUCAUACUAUCCAGAGUCAGUGUCUAGUCAGUGCCAGUGCCCGUCACUCACUUAAGAUAUCAAUUAACUUUGCGGUAAUCUGCGUGUCUAUGCACUCUGAGCUUUCUGUGGAAUUUCCCAACAUCAAUGGACGACAGAUUACAGAGAACUGCCGGUAUAUUGAACGUGUAUAUAAUGUCAAUCAUUGCGCUUUACUGAUAACCCAGACAAGGCUAUAAAAGCCCAGCCCUGUGGCCGCCAACUGACAUUCAGUCAAGUGCCGCCUGAGCAAAAUGCAAUCCAUUCUGGGACUCCUAUUGCUCUGUGGAGCAAUCUGUUCGGUGAUCGCUGCAUCGGGCAUACAUCAGUACAUCGGUGGAGGCGGAGCAGAUGAUGGCAGCGAUGAGAGGAGAUUGGAAUGGAGCGACAGUGCGCACAAUGCCGACACCGAUGAGAUCCUGAGGCGAGUGGCAGCAUUCGAUGGAGCCACGAAUUUUGAUGACAGCCACUGGGGAGGAGGAGGCUCCGACAGGGCCUCCCAUAGUGAUUCCAAUUCAGAUGCGGACGGACCCACAGGGGCUUUCAGUUCAUUCAAUUUUAAUGUUAUGGAAUCGAAAAUAUACCUAAUUUUAUUCAUGA